CGGCGGCAAGCCUGUCGCUUCGCAAAGACGUGAUGCGAUACUUCAGCGAGGCCCUCGAGAUGUUCAUUCGGUCCCCUCCCGGAAGCGACUGUUUCUUUAGCUCGAGCGCUCUCAUCAAGUCCGGCGACCUGUAUGGAAGCGUGAUCCGCACUGUGUCGCCCGAUCCAUCCCCCGAUGCUGUCGACGUCGGGAUGCAUAUUCACCCCAAGAAGGAGCCAUUGAGUGUUGCAUCCUCUCUGGCCGGAAUGGCGUCGGUAGCGGCCCUCAAGGGAAAGUUCCAAAUUGCAUAUGAUCUUUCCAAACAAGUGCUCUCUAUCCUCAUCACGGCGCAAGCUCCUGCCCUGCUGAUUGCGAGAGCACAUCACAAUAUGGGAAUCGUGCUGCGAUGCCUUGACCACAGAGGCGAUGCAUGGGAGCAACUGCAGCAAGCUCGGGAUAUCUAUGUUGGCCUGCAUGGCACAAGCGAUCAUCGGGAUAUGGUCAGCUCGAUUGGUCAAACGGGCGGCGAACGCAUCGACUACUGCCUCUCCGAUCCGAGCAGAGAACAACUGCGUGCCGCCAGCAGCUCGAUCGAGAUCCAGGCAUCAUCGACCUCGGAUGUGAUGGGGCCUCUCGCCGGCGACCAGCACUCCCGCCUCGGAGCAAUCGCCCGGCUCUGCCUCCCAUGGAUUCCAGGAGGUCCGUUGCUCUGGCGUGCUGAUCCGCUCCUCUCCCCCUUUCUCGGCUCAGGCCAUGCCAAUCAUGGGCUGUGGCGUUGCUGGCGUGCUGGUCUGCGCAAGCAGAGGGUCUUUCCCCCCCUCGAUCCUCCUCGAGGCGCCCGGGUGAACGGCCCAUGCCGGCUUCUUUCUCCUGGCAGCCAGCGCCAUCGAAAGCAGCUCGGUCAUGGGGAAGGCACCAUCGGCGGCGUCUGUCGGGGCAGCACGCACGAUGCGUCGGGCCCACCACCCAAUCUCGCUCCGACAUGGCCGCUUGCUCUGUGCGACCACCAGCCCAGGUCCAUCGCGAAGGUGCCCCUGUCGCACAUCAUGGGCAGACAUGCGGCCAAUGGGCCUGGAAAGGCGGCGCGGUCGGGUAUGGACGCAAGGAACGCCCCCCCCCCACCCAGCCACCCCGGCCUGAGAAAGAAGCACCACCCAAGCGAGCGCAGAAGCAGCCCGGCCGAGCAAUGCUGGACGGCCGAUAGGACCAGGCCACAGACCAAGGCGUCCUGCUCGAGUCGGCGAAUACAGCUUGGCAGAUGCAAGUGGUUCUCGCAGCCCAAAGACAGACAGUUGGGACGAGAGGCCUGCUGGGCCGCGCACCAUGCGAGGCAGCAGAACGGCGCUGGACCGACGGAGGAGAAAGAUCAACCUGGAUGA